CGCCCCGCCGUUGCCAUGGAAGCCGGUGGCUGGGUCUGACGGUGAAGCGAGGGUGGUGUUGCGCAGUCUCGCUGGGACUGCGCGGCUCCAGGCCAGCGGGGACGCAGAAUGGGCUGAGGUGGCGGCGACGGCGACGGCGGGGAUAGGGCGCGGCGCCGGGAUUCUCAGAUUUGCCUUUGACGAGAGGUAGAAGCCAGGCUUGGAAAUGGAGAAGUAUGAAAUUCUUGGAAAAGUGGGAGAGGGAAGUUAUGGCACAGUCAUGAAAUGUAAACAUAAGAAUACUGGGCAGAUAGUGGCCAUUAAGAUAUUCUACGAAAAGCCGGAAAAAUCUGUCAACAAAAUUGCGACGAGAGAAAUAAAGUUUCUGAAGCAAUUUCAUCAUGAAAACCUGGUCACUCUGAUUGAAGUUUUUAAACAGAAAAAGAAAAUUCACUUGGUAUUUGAAUUUAUUGACCACACGAUAUUAGAUGAGCUGCAACACUAUUGUCAUGGACUAGAGAGUAGAAGACUUAGAAAAUACCUCUUCCAGAUCCUUCGAGCGAUUGAAUAUCUUCACAAUAAUAACAUUAUUCAUCGAGAUAUAAAACCUGAGAAUAUUUUAGUGUCCCAGUCAGGAAUUGCCAAGCUCUGUGAUUUUGGUUUUGCACGAACACUAGCGGCUCCUGGUGACAUUUAUACAGAUUAUGUGGCGACACGGUGGUAUAGAGCGCCAGAACUAGUAUUAAAAGAUACUUCUUAUGGAAAACCUGUGGAUAUCUGGGCUUUGGGCUGUAUGAUCAUUGAGAUGGCCACCGGAAGUCCCCAUCUUCCUAGUAGCUCUGAUUUAGAUUUACUCUAUAAAAUUGUUUUGAAAGUAGGCAAUUUGACACCUCACUUGCAGAAUAUCUUUUCCAAGAAUCCCAUAUUUGCUGGAAUGGUCCUUCCUCAAAUUCAACACCCCAAAAAUGCAAGAAAAAAAUAUCCAAAACUUAAUGGAUUAUUGGCAGAUAUAGUUGAUGCUUGUUUACAAAUUGAUCCUGGUGAAAGGAUAUCAUGUACUGAUCUUUUGCAUCAUGAGUAUUUUACUAGAGAUGGAUUUAUUGAAAAAUUCUUACCAGAAUUAAAAGCUAAAUUACUACAAGAAGCAAAAGUCAAUUCAUUCAUAAAGUCAAAAGAGAAUUCUAAAGAAAAUGAACUCACAAAAGAUGAAAGAAAAACAGUUUUUACCAAUACACCGGAAAUGGAAAAAGAGAAAAAGCCCAAGGAGAUCAAAGUCACAGUUAUUAAAGUCAGAGGAGGAAAAGGAGAUACCUCAGAACUGAAAAAGACAGAGUGUGAAGGUAGACGUUGUCGUCAGGACGCAGUUCAAAACACUCGCGCUUUGUCUCAAACUACAAAAGCUGCAGUCUCCCUCCCUGAUCCACCAAACCCUGCCAGUCCCAUCGCUAACCCUAACGAUGUGAAGGAAGAGCCCCAUGCUGAAGGGUAUAGGAUAAUGCCACCCAUCAAUCUUACUAACACCAAUUUGAUGGCUGCAAAUCCCAAUUCAAAUCUCUUCCACCCCAAUCCAAGGUUAACUGAAAGAGCAAAAAAGAGACGCACUACUUCACAAUCUAUUAGACAAGUUAUGUCUAACAGCAGGCAAGAAGACAUAGGUCCUACUCAAAGCCGGAUGGAGAGGGGUACCUUUAAUGAGCGCACAGGUCAAAGUGACCAAACAGCAAGUGGGUACAAAAGGAAGCUGAAUUUUUCCAGAUUUGACAGGAAAGAAUUCCAUUUCCCCGAAUUGCCUUUCAAAGUACAGUCAAAGGACAUGAAAGGAAUGGAAGUUAAACAGAUAAAAGUGCUGAAGAGGGAGUCAAAGAAAACCGAUUCAUCUAAAAUACCAACUUUACUUAAUGUGGAUCAAAAUCAAGAAAAACAAGAGGUUUCCUCCAUUUGCAACAUCUUUCCUGGAUGGUGCAGGAAAGGCAGGCUUGACUGACCCCCCUCAUCUCCAAGUGGGUCAUGCCACUUGCUCUCCUGGAACCUGGCUACUCUAAAGCUGAAGAAUUCUGGAUCAUCCUUCAAGAUAUUGCUCAAACAUCAGCUUCUGUGGAAAUGCUUCCCCCGCCGUGCCAAGCAAUAAGCCCAGCUUCACCUCUUUGGUACCUGACUAAUAAAUGAUUUGUUCACCUGGUGGACUGCCUCUCUCCCUCGCAGACCACUAGCUCAGUGGUCUGUGCACCUUUGGGUUUUCCCUCUUUGCCCCUAUACCUCUCCUAUUACCUGUUGCCCAUGCUCCUUGCCCUUAUGCCUGCCAUGUGGUCAGUGCUAAUUAAAUGUUAACUGCUGGAA